GGGCACGGCCGCCCCCGGGACAGCGGCAGGAGGUGAGGGCCAGGGCCCCGCGCUGGUACCUGCUGUGCCGGCGGCCCCCGCGGCCCGGGCCCGGCCCGACGCUGUCGGGGCCGCGGGGCAGCGCCCGCCGCUGCGGAGCCAUCGCACCUCCUCCUCCUCGAGCGAUGCGCUCGGCGCGCCUCGCCCUGGCCUGCCCGCCUGCCUGCUUGGGGAACGCGCUCGGCCACCGACAGGGAGUGGGAGGAUCCAGCGCAGAGCCGGGAGCGGCGGAGGGACGGCACCGGGACACGGGGACACCGGAACACUGGGACAGCAGGGCGCGGCCGGGCAGUGCCGGGACAGCGGGGCAGGGACAGCGGCAGCCGAGCAGGGUGUGCUGGGACUCCGCGGCGGCAGGCCAAAGCAAUCGAAGCCAGAGCAUGCGGCGGCGCCUGGUGCACCUGGACCUGAAGGGCGCCGCGCCGCGCGCGCAGUACCUGGAGCAGGUGCUGCCGCUGCUCCACGCCCUGGGUGCCACCGGGCUGCUGCUGGAAUAUGAGGACACCUUCCCGUACACGGGGCCGCUGGAGCCGCUGCAGGCCCCCCACGCCUACAGCCCCGCGGAGCUCCGGGCGCUGCUGAGCCGGGCGCGGGCACAGGGCCUGGACGUGGUGCCGCUGGUGCAGAGCUUCGGGCACAUGGAGUUUGUGCUGAAGCACAGGGAGUUUGCCCAUCUGCGGGAGGUGAAGGCGCUGCCCAACGCCCUGAACCCACACAAGGAGGAGUCACUGGCACUGGUCAAAGCCAUGAUUGACCAGGUCAUGGCCCUGCACGAGGACUUACAGUGGUUUCACAUCGGAUGUGAUGAGGUCUACUACCUUGGUGAAGGAGAGGAGUCAAAGCAGUGGCUGCAGCAGCAAGACAACACUCCAGAGAAGCUGUGCUUAUCUCACAUAAAAGCAGUUGCCACUUGUUUGGCCUCAUCCUACCCCACGGUGACACCCAUCGUGUGGGAUGACAUGCUCAGGGGCAUGAGUGAGGAAACACUGGCAGAGUCCGGGGUCCCCCAGCUGGUGCAGCCCAUGAUCUGGGACUAUGCAGCAGACAUCGACGUGGAGGGCAAAGUGCAGCUCAUAGAGAAGUACCGCAGGUGUGGCUUCUCCAAGGUGUGGUUUGCAAGUGCCUUCAAGGGAGCCACGGGAGCAAAUCAGUCCCUGACACUGAUUGGGCACCACCUCAGGAACCAGCUGGAGUGGCUGCAGGUGGCCAGCAGGAGCCCUGAGGAUGUCGUGGAAGGUAUCGCGCUGACCGGCUGGCAGAGGUAUGAUCACUUCUCUGUUUUGUGUGAGCUUCUUCCUGUGGCAAUUCCAUCCCUGGCUGUGUGUCUGCAGACACUAAAGAAUGGUGGCUAUUCUGAAAAGGUUAAAGAAAAUGUGGAAAAACUCCUGGGAAUGUCUAACCUGGAAGUUGAUACUUUCAUGAGCACAAGUCUGGGGACCUUUCCUGGGAGCAAUAUCCUCACACUUGUGACACAAGUGAGUUUCUACCUCAAGUCAUCAGUGGAUGAACUUCUGGAAAGGAACAGGUAUGUCACAGGCUGGUUCAGCCCCUACCACAGGAAAAGGAAGAUUAUCCAUCCUAUCAUAAUCCACCACUUCCAGCCAGAUGCACUCAGUCUCCUCUCCAAGUGGAAUGCUGUGCUGCAAGACCUCCAAGCAGCCAUGGAGCAAGUUUUCCACAGGUGUGCUAUAGAGGAAUGGAUGGAGGAGAAUGUCCACCCCAGCCUACAGAAACUGCAGCAAGUGGUGGAUGACUUAGAUGAAGCAAUAAAAGCACAAAAUUAGGGGCAGUUCCAUUAGUCUGACUCAUUCCCUGGUUAAACAUGGCUAGUGAAAAAUCAGCAGCUAGUCCUUGAGCUGGAGUUUGUCAUCUUGAGAACUGAAGCAUGAACUGUGGUUGAACAAAAGUGACCUGAAGGCAUGAAGGAAUUUGUUGGCAUAAAACACUUCAACUUAAUUUUCCUGUCUUAACACAUGCUGAGCCUUAAUUCACCUGCCUGUAAGUCAGGUUUGCUACCCUUGCAUACCAGAAUGCAGGAGUGAGUCACAGCUCACUCUCCUCCAA